GAUGGAUCGGGGCGGCCAUUGCCCGAUGAUGCCCUUGUCGUCUGUGUAGAAAUAAAAUACUCUUUGCCGCUCUCUUUCUCCAGCGGUCCCGACCUGGUGUUCUUGUCCAACUUCACCGACUCAAAUAGUGGUUGGACGAAAGACCUCUUCUCUCUUAUGCUGGCCUCCAGAAAGACGAGACGAUAAGGUCCAAGAUCACACAUUUCUAGCUCUAGUUUAAUUCUCAUAUUAUUAGUCUUGUCUAUUCUCACAUCAAAAUCCCAAACAAAAACAAAAUGUCCGGCAACCAAGCCCUCGCAAUCAACUCCGCCGUCGGGUCCCACGCCAACACGGCCCUUACGAGCCAUGGCAGCGACUGGUAUUUCACCGUGACGGCCGUCAUGGCGGUUUCCGCCUUGUUGUUCACCGGGGCAGCCGUCAAGAAGCCGCUCUCCCACCGCGUCUUCCACCAAACCUCGGCCCUAUUCUGCUUCGUGGGCGCCAUAGGCUACUUCAGCAUGGCCUCGGGGCUGGGACAGGUGCCCAUCCAUGCAGAGUUCACGCGCCCAGACAGCUCUUACACCUUUGCCGCCGGCACGCGCGAGAUCUUCUACGCCCGCUACGUCGACUGGGCCGUGUCUCUGCCGCUGGUGAUCUUGGCGCUGAUGAUGUCCUCGGGCGUGCCCCUGUCCACGACCUUGACCACCAUGAUGGCGGCGGAGAUCUUCAACGUGUGCUUGUUGAUUGGUGCCUUGACGCAGACCACUUAUAAGUGGGGAUAUUUCACCUUCGCAACAAUGGCCGAAUUGUUCGUAUUCUACCAGCUCAUCAUGCCCGGCCGCAAGUACGCCUCGGCCGUCGGCGGCUCCGUUGGCAGCACCUACCUGACGGCCUCGCUGCUCGUCGUCGUCUGCUGGUUAUUCUAUCCCAUCUCCUGGGGCCUGAGCGAGGGCGGCAACGUCAUCCACCCCGACUCUGAGGCCAUCUUCUACGGCAUCCUCGACAUCUUCAGCAGGCCCGCCGUCGGCUUCGUCCUGCUCCUCGGCCACCGCAACACCGACUUUGCCUCCCUGGGCUUCGAGGCCCGCGAGCCCGGUCAUGCCAACGAGAAGACUCCCGCCCCGGUUCAGGGGAACAACGGCGCCGUCGAAGCCUAAGUCUUAACUGUGGCAAGGUUGGAAAGCCAAAGUCAAUGGUGGGGGCGUCAACGGCGAGGGACUCAGAGAAUGAGGAGCACAAGAGGGACUCGAGUCACAACAUCUCGAUUGCGGACUUUUUCUGGAGCAAACGAGGGGAACCUUGCACUCACCCUUCAUGUGCUAGGGGUGCCUUCUUUUUGAUUUUUGCAUGUUAUCUACUGCUUUUGAAAUGAUACCUACAGGGCAAUAAGGCACCCCGGGUGGCAACGUGGAAACGGCCAACAUAGUCAGGUACAAAACAUCACCCGGUUUUAAUUCUAGUCUAAAUCUAAACCUUUGAUAUUUAUCAGGUGAAAUGUGUGCCUGCUUGAUCAUUCCCCAUUCUUUUCCCCGCACCGUGCUGCCAAUUGCCUUUUUGCCGUUAAUGAGAUGAAGUUAGGCUGAUAAUGAGAAGGGCCGAUUGGAAAUGCUUACAUAGUAAAGAGGAGCAACAACGGCCAAGCACUCAAGACGAGUUUCAUCUGAUAUCUACGCCGCCUCCCCGUCUACCAAAGACUGCGUUGCUUACCUUGCUCAAGGACCUUUGCUGCAGUCGGGCAAAGGUGUGUCUUUGUUUACACCGAUACCGAGACUGUCAUACAACAUCGGCAGCUCCUAUCUCGAGGCAUCAUGCAGUUACAUCUUCAUACAAACAUACCCCAUCCCCUCAGACAAAUUGGGUAGACCUUUCAGAGACCACGUUGCCCACUGCAUCCCUCACGGCAUCCGGCAGCUCAUCUUGGGGGAUGGUAUCGUUUUCGGCGAAAACCUUCCAGGCUGUCUCCCUGGAUAUCUGGCCCCCAGAAUGGCGUG